AAGCGUCGACCCAAAUACGCCCCAUCGGCGUGCUCUGCAGAAAUUGCUCUUCAGCCAGCAGUGUCGCGAGCGAGGCAUUGCAGGGCUGCGCCUUUACCGUCCAACCACAACCCCCUCCCGUCCCCCGGCAGGGUGACCAUCACCCCGCCGCACCCGACCGCGACCCCGCGGGAGCCCUCGUACCCCGAGGAGCUGCUGUCGGGGCUGGCGUCUCUGCGCGCGAGCGAGGAGCUCACGGACGUGGUGCUGCUGAGCGCCGAGCCCUCGGCGCCGUUCCGCGCUCACCGCGCCGUGCUCGCCGCGGCCUCGCCCUUCUUCAGGGCGAUGUUCGCCGCGGGGUCGAUGCGGGAGUCGCGCAGCGGCGUGGUGGAACUGCGCGGCGUCGCGGCGCCCACGCUCGCCCUCCUCCUCGACUUCGUCUACUCGGGCCGAGUGCCCGCCGCUCCGGCCCUGCGGUCGGAGCAAGCGGCCGCGCUGCUCGUGGCCGCGGACAUGAUGCAGGUCAUGAGCCUCAAGGCGAAGUGCGAGCGCUCGCUUGUGGUCUCUGUGAGCGAGGAAAACUGCGCGGCGCUCCUGGCGCUGGCGGCGCGCUUCGGCUGCCCGGAGCUGAGGGCCGAGGCCACGACGCAAGCCCUGGCGGCCUUUGGGACCGUGUGGCCCACGGUCGAGUUCCUGCAGCUGCCCCAGGACCUCGUGGAGGAGCUCCUGGGAGACCUGAAGCUCAACGUGGCGAGCGAGGAGGAGGUGGCGCGCUAAUUGUUUCAAUGGCACAAUCGUUACGACUGCACCGCUCUCAGUAGGAAUCCCCAAUCCCCACAUCCGCGUUGCUUUACCUUUCUGGCCUCUCUGUGCUGUGAAGGACCAUUGCCCGAAACGUCGACUGUUAUAUUUAUUAUUGUUUUAUUAUUAAAACAGUUACAUCUUUUUUUUCUUUAUUUCAGGCUGUUAUUGACGAAUGUUUUGAGAUGUUUUUCUUACCUUUCAAAAGAGACGUUUGUAGCAGUGGCGUAGCUAUCGAGCGUGCAGGCGGUGCAAUGGUGGGCCUUCCAUUCCGUGCACUAGGGCCCAUGCCCAGCGCGCUAUGCUGAGGGCCUCUCACGUGGCUAUGCAGUCCGUUGUAAUGAUAAUUCCCGUGAAUGUAACUUAAAGGGUGACGACUGUGUUGGUGGUUGUAUCCACUAUUUCUGCAGUAAAGCUCUAGCACUCGAUUUUCAGGCACGUGGGACCGGAAGCUGGAUUACCCGGAGAAAAGCCACCACACACACGUAAAGACACCGCACGAAAGAUCCGUACAGACGGGUCAACGAACCCACGUGUUGUACAUCCUGUUCUCCUAUAACGCGGGAGUAGUUGCGUUCCUGAAGGAACACCGCGUGAUGGAAAAUCGCGUGAGGUAUAAAUUAUAUAUAAUAUAGGGUAAAGCGCAAUCCGCGAGGUGCGUGGGGAGCAUCUAGAAGCAUCCAGCAGAACCCCAAUGCCUUGUGUGAUGCUACACCAAGGCGGCCGUACAACCGCGUAUUCCUACUCGCGCAACGCAGUUCUGUUCACUCAAUCGCGUUAUAUCCAAUUAGCUUAAUGAAAACACGCAUUAUAGGAGACCGGAAUGUACUUCAUUUGCUACCCACCUCCACGUGAUCCACCAACCCUCGGAUCACAGGCGCGUGUCGCCCCCCUCCCCCCGCCGCCCCCUGCCCCG